CAGGCACGCAACAGUGAAAAAGCCCAAUCGAUGCUCUUCCGCUUCCGGGCCCAACAAGCCGCGGACCUCGGAAUCAUCGACAUUGGGCGCACGCGCCGCCCCAAAGCCAUCACCUCCGUGGACUCGAUCCCCAUGUGCGAGAAAUGGCGCGGACAAGUGCUCAAAGAGAUCUCGCGCAAGGUGUCUCGCAUCCAGGAACUCAGCCUCAGCGACUACCAGAUCCGGGAUCUGAAUGACGAGAUCAACAAGCUGAUGAAGGAGAAGUGGACGUGGGAGAUGCAGAUUCGGAAUCUCGGCGGGCCGAAUUACAUGCGCGGGUCGGGGCGGGUGUUUGACGACGAUGGGAGAGAGAUCCCCGGCGGUGGGAAGGGAUAUCGCUAUUUUGGGCGCGCGAGGGAGUUGCCGGGCGUGAAGGAGAUGUUUGAGGCCGCCGCGAGACGGGGGAGGCCUGCGGAAGAGGACCAGCAGGAGGGCGGGAGGGGUGGGGAUGUGGCGACUAAGAAGGUCGAUGCGAAUUACUUCGGGUAUGGGUUGGAUGAGGAGGAUGGGUCGUUGGUGGCGUAUGAGAAAGGGAAGGAGAAGGAGGCCGUGGAGAGGCUGCGCAGAAAGGGGGAUGAUGUCGAGGAUGGCUGGGAACCUUUGCCUGGGGAUGCUGGCGAUGGAGUCGAAUGGAGGCUGCCGAGUCUGGACGAGGUGCAGGAGGAGUUGGUGGAUCGGAGAAGGAGGAGGCUGUUGGACAAGAUCUCUUGA